AUGGAGGCAGACUCCAAGGAAGCUCCCUUUCGGGACCCAAAACUGAGACCGCACGUGGGCCAAGAGACUGCUGCCCCUCGAGAGACUUCUGCCCCUCGAGAGACUGCUGCCGCUCGAGAGACUUCUGCCCCUCGAGAGACCCAAGAGCGUGCGAUGGAGACUGGACUGAAGCGGCCAAGGUACGUUGUGCUGAAAGAUGACCCCGGCAUGUGGCUGCUGGUCAUACACCGGCUGACGCAAAAGUACGCAAGCCCCAAGAAUGAUAUCGCCACUAACGAUCUGAGGGAUUGUCACUCUGAAAAGAACUAUCGGAACAUCCAUCAAGAUCGUCGAACAGGCCAUCGGACCGACCAGGGGGUUGGUUGGGAAGGACUCGCCGUUCUAGUCCAAACAAAGUUUAGGAAAGGGAUGGCACAUAUUGAAGAUUGUGCUUCGCUUGUGGCCCAGAAUACUUGUUCUCGCGCCAGCUUGAAUCCUGGUCAUAAGGAUCACGCGGAUAUAUUGUAUUGCUUGCUGGACACCGUGGACCCCGGUCGACUGGUUUGGAUCUUUUAUGAUGAUGAUGAAAGCCCGAUCGCUCUGUUUUACGCUGAGCUUGCCUCUCGACAUGGGUUUGAGGUUUAUUUGGUUACUGAGACGCCGGAGGAGACCUGGUCCUUAUAUCCGAGUCCACAGGUGAUCUCUUUGGCGGAGAAAACGUGUUACGCUCUACAUCUCCUUCGCCCUGCUUUGUUCGACCGUGCUGCUAUCACAGCGGAUGAAAAAAAUAUCCUGGAAGAGCUGAUACGGCGUCGAACAAUUCACGAGGUUAUCUGUUUCUGCAGUGACGUUAGGACUAUCCUCUGCAGUGACCAGAAGUCGGGUGGCGAGCAUGCAGCUACCGAAAGACCUGCAGGACUAAACGAUGCUUUGGUCGUGGAGGACGAUGCUUUGGUCGUGGAGGAUGACGCCUUUGUCGCGGAGGACGACGCCUUUGUCGGGGAGGUCGACGGCUUUGUCGGGGAAGUUUCAAAGCUGAAGAGGGCACUGGUUCAAGCUGCCAAGUUGAGUACGACGGUCGUGACGCGUACCGGGCUGGAGUUGCCUGUGGAAUUUGGUGUAAAGGUGCCGUGUUACGGCCGGAAAGAGUUGGUUUGGGGGUUGCAAGAAAAAAUCAAGGAAAAGCGUUUCUUCCGGGUCGGACUUACGGGGUAUGGGAAGACCACGUUUGCCAAACACUUGGCUGAGAAGUGCGGACUUCCGUUGGUCACAGUCUCCCCAUCAGCCAUAUUCAGCAAGUAUGUUGGAGACACUGAAAAGAGCAUCAACGCUUUAUGUCGCCGAAUGAUCGAACUGCAUAGCGCCUGUUUGUUCUUUGACGACGCUGACGCAUGGUUCCAUGACCAGAGCAUUCCUCUGGAAAAACCCCUCAUAGACUUCUAUCAACUUCUUCAGGAACACACGCUGAGUGACCCCUCUGCUGUGUGCUGCAUUAUAUACGCCUACACGCGCCCUCCCCCCAGGGCGCCCUCCGACCCCCCGCCACCCGCGGUUAAGUGGUCGCCAUCUGUUGCGGAGUCUGCUGCAGAGUCUGUCGCGGAGUGUGUGAUCGCUUUGUCCCAUCCAGUCGGGUCAUCCACUGGCGAACUAUCCGUAAAAGCAGGGGAGCAAGCCACGUCUUCCGUGGACAUUUCCCUGGAACCAAUUGAACUCAUUGAUCUCCCGCCGCUGGAUCUCGAGGCACCCAAUGGUAUCUACGAGCAAAUUGUGACAUCCGCUGUACCCCCUGCGUUUCGACCAAUGUUAGCAAGUCCGCUGCUGAACUGCUUGAAACAGCGUGGCAUCUACACGGCGAACACCGCAGAGUUAGGCAUCGCGGUAAACCAGAUACUCCUACGGGCUGUCGUCAACGCCCUGAAUGCCGCUCCAAAUACUAGCGCUACAGCGACCUGCCCCAGUAUCGCCACAGCCAACGAUCAAGCUGGGCGGGCAAGUGAUGCCAUACACUGUGCGUAUGUCUCGAUGAGCGUGCCGACGAAUAAUCCCGCUAGCGGCCUUCGUCAGAAUACCGAUGGCCAGAAUAUCCACAGCGAGAACAGCAGUAGUAAACAUGUCCUGAGUAUGAAUGAAGUCUCGAACAUCAAUAAAGUCUUGAGUGAACAUUCCUGUGAAGCCGCUACUACAUGUCAAACUGUCCCGCUAGAUACUAUAUUGAAGCAACUAUGUUACAGCGAUAUUUGUAACCAGAUCUUGCAUAAUCUCUCCUCACGUGGUAUUAUUAAGGAUCUCAAUUAG